CUUUGAUGGUCCCUCGCUCUCCGUGCCACGCCUGUGGCCAUGCCUCCUUCAUCUCAAUCCGCCGUCCCGCUCGUGCCAAUCCCGGCUGCAGUCGACCUUGAGGAGCUAUACAAGACACCUCCACCAGCAUUUGGCCAUGAGAUGCUCAAGUUGUUCGGGUUUGAUCCAAAAUAUGUCAAUCUAAACAACGGUUCCUACGGUUCACUUCCCCUUCCCGUCCGAGUGGCCUGCGACAGCUGGACCACAGAGAUCGAGUCUAACCCGGACGUUUUUAUAAGGUACAAAGCCCAUCUCCUCGUGGACCGAGCGCGAGAGCGCAUCUCCCAGCUCAUUGGCGCCGACACUGACGAGUGCGUCAUCGUGAAUAACACCUCCCACGGUAUUGCGACUGUGCUGCGUAACUUUUCAUUUAAAGAAGGUGAUGUUCUAAUUGCAGCCAACAUUUCAUAUGGCUCUAUAUCCAAGACGCUCAAAUACCUAGGAGAUAUCCCCCCUCAUCCCACAGUGUUGACCUAUAAUGCCCAUUUCCCUACAACACAUGAAGUAAUUUUAGGGGAGUUUAGGCAGUUUAUCCAAAAGGUCAAAGAAGAACGGGAUGACCCUCAUCAAAGCCGGACGUUCAUUGCGAUAAUCGAUUCCAUCACAUCCCGCCCUGGCGUUCUGAUGCCAUGGAAGGAAAUGGUAGCUAUAUGCAAAGAUGCUGGAGUCUACAGUCUCGUUGAUGCCGCCCACUCCAUCGGGCAAGAACUGGACCUCAAUUUGUCGGAAGCGAAACCGGAUUUCUGGGUCUCAAAUUGUCACAAGUGGCUUUACGCCAAGAGGGGAUGUGCUGUCCUUUAUGUUCCCAAGAGGAAUCAGCACAUCAUCAAAUCUCCAAUACCCACACCGGUAGAGUAUCAUUCCCCGCAGGACGAGGGUUACAAGGGUCCGCAAGAGUUUGUUAAGCUCUUUGAAUGGACGGGUACUAUCGAUCACGUUCCGCACAUUAGCCCAAUUGCAGCACUCGAUUUUAGAGCGUGGCUCGGGGGUGAACACAAGAUAAACAAGUACACUCACGAACUAGCCAUCGAGGGCGGAAAGUACCUCGCCCAACGAUUCGGAACUAGCCUCCUUGACCCAGAGGGCAGCUUGACUCUAAAUAUGGUCGUCGUCGAGCUUCCCAUACCUGAGGAAAUACAACAGACCAGCGAAGUAGUAGCCUUGAUACAGGACACUCUGUGCAUAAAGUGGAAUGUUUCCGCUGCGUUCUUUCGGCACAACAAGAAGUGGUGGGUCAGAUGCAGCGCACAGAUAUACAAUGAGUUAUCUGACUUCCAUGCGGUAGCAGACGCUUUAGAGGAUGCAGUUGCUAAAGUGAUAGAGUUCAAUGCUGGACGUACCAACUGAUCCAUGCUCCACUCCCAACAUUCAUUAGGAAUAUGGACCAAAUUCCUUCGAACUUCAGGUAGUCGUUUGGAGGGGUAGACGUCCUUAUCCUUAGUAUGUCUAUACUUCAUAAUAAAGUGGUGACGGCCAUGGAACCGCAGAAAUUCCAAGUGAGAUGCCGACGUAAGUGA